UGGACUGAAAUACGCCAUCUUUGUCACAUGUUCAUUUUUCCAUCUCACAUGACCUGUUGUUUGGCCCCGUGAUCAAGCUUGCUUUAUUUCCUGGCAAAUUCAAACAUCCACCAAAAAGCCACAUGGAUAUGUUAGAUCAGGCACUCGAAUCAAGAUUGGUGCAUUCUGAUAACUUGCAGAGCUUCAGACCAAUUCACGAUAAAGGAGCUGACUCUCCCAACUCAGAUGACCAAGUACAGUUGUCAGGGGAAACAACAGAGGAACAGGCGGCAGCUAUUGCCAGUGUGGCAGCCAAUCAGGGCACUCUGACCCUUGACCCCAAUGUACAGUAUCAGUUCCGUGCCGACAACACACAAGAUCUGAAUCUUGCAGGUCAGGUCACGUAUCGGGUCGUGCAGGUGUCCCAAGAUGGCCAGGAGGCCACAGCGCAGGUCGUCACUACUUCAGCAUUUCCAACAUCACAGGUGGCACAGACUGUCAUACAGAGCCCUUUCAAUGGAGGGAGCCCGACGCCAGACAAUCAGGAGGCAAGGUUUGCAUACUUUGCAGGAUCGGGGGAACCAGUGAAUGCCGUCAGCACACAAGGGGAUGCUGUUGCUGGGGCAACAGCUAUUGGACCAGUGUCAGCAGCUGGAGCAGCUGGCCAGUUCUACGUGAUGAUGUCCCCUCAGGAUGUGCUACAGGGGCAGCGGAACAUCACCCCCCGAACAACCUUCAGCCCUAAGAUGGAAGGCCGGUCAACACGUGAUGACCGCAGGAGGGCCACUCAUAAUGAGGUUGAACGACGUCGCAGGGACAAGAUUAACAACUGGAUAGUUCAACUGUCGAAGCAGGUCCCUGACUGUGCCCAGGAACACACCAAGUCAGGCCAAGUGUCAGCAAGUAGCAAGGGAGGAAUCCUAGCCAAGGCAUGUGAUUAUAUACAGGAGCUCCGCUCAGGCAAUCAGAGAAUGGCGGAGAGUUUAAAAGAAACUGAUAGAAUAACUAUAGAUAAUGAACUACUUCGACAACAGUGCGAGGAGCUUAAACAGGAAAAUCAUUUACUACGUACACAGCUUCAGCAGCACGGGAUUGUGCCUCAAGAUUUGGCUGGGAACCCGACAUAGGCACUUGUCAUGUGCUUGUUAUUUGUUGUUGUUCAUGGUGGUCCAAAACUGUACAAACUUCGGUGAUGAUGUCACCAGUUCUGUGUGUGUAUAUAAGUGAUCGACAAUAUGACAGAAAACUGACUGCGUGAAACAGACAAACAAAUCAGAUGAGUUUUUCUGAAUCUUAAUUUUGGGAAAUCCAUCUCAUAUAUUUAUUUUUGUGGUUUUUAGAAAUGGAAUCGUCUGGUGUUACAAUGUUCAGUCAAGGGAUGAUUUGUGUGCUAUGAAAAAGUUGCAAUCAUGCAUUUUCUGCCCCAUCGUGGUCACGUGACUGAGGACACACUGAAGGAGAACGUGACUGUGAACGUAAUCGUCAAGUGACCUACAUAUAUGUUUGUUCCAACAGUUCCUUAUGUCAUGGUUGCAUCUCAGCAAAGAUACAAAGUCUACAUCCAUCAUAAUGGUUGUGGAGACAGAAAAACCGUCUGCUACAGAAGGGAGCUAUUCUUUUGCCAUAGCAUGUCCUGUUUUGCGUGAUCAGCAGUCGUUACAAUCAGAGAAUUUUCAUGGACCAGGACAUGGCUGAAGACAACUUAGGCUGAUGCACUUCCAGAUGGAAUAGAUUCCCAAGCAUCUCUUCGUCAGAUGUGAAAUUUGUUAUUUGCACUGUAAUAUUCAUUACUAUCCCUGGGGAUUAUUGUUGAUUUCAUUCAACAAUUAGGGCUGGAUAUCAAUAUAUAUCAUAGAGAUUGAUAAUCUUUAAGUAGUUAAUGAUGUACAGGGGUUCAAAAAUCCCAUUGCCCGACGCCCGGGACAAGUCAGUUUUCAUUUCGGGCAAUCAAAUAAUGGUAUCUUACUUGUCCGUG